AUGAUUUCACCAAUCCAUCGAGUGACCCUCUUCAAAGUCCCCGGCAACGAGGAUCAAGAACGCCUGCUGCAGAUGUACAAGCAGAUGCCGACCAAGGCCGUCAAGGACGGGAAACCCUACCUGCUUUCAGUCACGGCGGGGAAGGCAAAGCCUGAUCAACGGGCGCAGGGCUUCACGUUGGCAGUGAUUUCUGUCUUUCGCUCUGUAGACGACAUGACCUACUACGACAAUGAGUGUGCGGCCCACGCAGAGCUGAAAGCUGUCGCAAAGUCGGUGCACCAGGGCGCCAUGAUGGUCUUCUUCGAAAAUGAGCUCUCGGGCUAG